CACCACCAACAGCCAUUCAUUCAUAUUUUUUUUCAAAUCACUCAUUUUUCUUCGAAAGGGAUGCAUCCCUUUCUUUCGUUGCCCAAUUGAAACCGUCGUCUCACCUCUCUUCUGGGCUCGUACGUAAGUCUCGGUACAAUUUCGAGUGAAUUUAGCCUGAAUUAUGGUCACGUCACUAAAACGACUCCUUAGGCUGCGUUUAGUACCUCUAAACAUUUUUCCAACCCUUCUUCCGAGAGAACAGAGCAGCGUACCCCUCUUCUUUCGACGAUUUUUCUAUGCUCAGUUCCGCAAGCAAAGUAAGAUCAUCAGACCAUGAAUUUUCGCUUCAUCAUCUCCCUCGCCCUCUUCCUCUUCCUCAAUUUUCUCAGCAAUUCCAGUCGUACUACAGAAGCCGCACCUACUUAUCUAGAGCACGACUGCCCGAACACCACGCUCGUCGCUCCCAACUCCACCUACCGAUCCACCCUCAACGCCCUCCUCUCUUCCCUCUCCUCCGCCGCCGCCGGCGACGCCGACGGUUUCGCCAACGCCACCGCUGGGAAGGACGCUCCCGACCGUGCCUACGGGCUCUUCCUCUGCCGCGGUGACAUCGGCGCCGCCACGUGCAGCGAGUGCGUGGCUACGGGAACAAAAGACAUCCUCCGAUGGUGCCCCGACAGGCGAUCCUCCGUGGUCUGGUACGACGAGUGCAUGUUGAGGUACUCGGACCAGUCCAUUUACUCGGUGAUGGAGACGGUACCUAUAUACACGAUGCCGGACACCGGGGACGUCGCCGAACCAGAUCGGUUUAUGCAGCUGCUCGGAGAGGCCAUGAACGAUGUGGCGGUGAGGGCUUCCGGCAGCGAAUCGGGGAAGAAGUUUGCGGUCGUGGAGGCGAGCUUCACGAGCUCGCAGAAGCUGUACACACUUGCGCAGUGCUCGUCGGACUUGAAGGGCUCGGACUGUAACACGUGCCUCCGGGCGGUGAUCGCAAAUCUACCUCAGGGGAAGCGAGGAGGGAGGUCGUUCACUCCGACCUGCACGGUGAGGUUCGAGCUGUUCGCCUUUUAUAAUACCUCGGCCGUGGAGGCGGCGCCCUUGCUUCCUUCUUCUCCUCCUGCUCCGGUGAACGGACCCAAAGGCAAAAGCAAUAAAUCGACCACGAUAAUCAUUGCCGCGGCCAUUCCGGUUGGCAUUGCUGUCAUACUUCUCUUUGUCGCUUGCUUUUGGCAUCGGAGUAAAACAACAAAGACGUAUGAAGUUGUCCAAGCAGAAGGGGGGACAAGUGAACUUACAACUACUGAGUCCUUGCUGUACCAUUUAGCUACUAUACAAGCUGCCACAAACAAUUUCUCUCAUCAAAACAAGUUGGGCGAGGGGGGAUUUGGUGCAGUUUUCCGGGGUAGGCUUCCGAAUGGACAAGAAAUAGCUGUGAAGAAGCUAUCUAAAAGCUCAGGACAAGGUGUUGGAGAAUUCAAGAAUGAAGUUGCUUUGGUAGCAAAGCUUCAACAUCGAAAUCUUGUGCGGCUGCUUGGGUUUUGCUUAGAGGGAGAAGAAAAGUUACUUGUCUAUGAGUUUGUGCCGAACAAAAGUCUUGACUACUUUCUAUUUGAUCCUGAUAAGAGAAGGCGGUUGGAUUGGUCAAGACGUUACAAGAUAAUAUCUGGAAUUGCUCGAGGAAUGCUGUAUUUGCACGAAGAUUCUAGAUUCCGGAUCAUUCAUCGUGAUCUAAAACCAAGCAAUAUCCUGUUAGACAGUGAUAUGAACCCGAAGAUUUCAGAUUUCGGCAUGGCUAGGAUUUUUGGAGCAGAUCAAACUCGGGCAAAGACUAAUCACAUCGUGGGGACCUUUGGUUACCUAUCUCCUGAGUAUGCAAUGCGUGGGCAAAUCUCAGCAAAGUCCGAUGUCUAUAGUUUUGGUGUUCUAACCCUAGAGAUCAUUUGUGGCAAAAAGAAUAGUUGCUUCUUCCAAUCAGAUGGUGGUGAAAAUCUUGCCAGCUAUGCGUGGAAGCAUUGGAGAGCCGGUACACCGCUCGAAGUGUUAGAUCCAUUCAUUAGCAACGCAUAUUCAAUAGAUGAAGUGGUUAGAUGCCUCCACAUUGGUUUACUAGGUGUUCAGGAAGAUCCAGCUGAUAGACCCACCAUGGCAAGCAUAGUCCUUAUGUUGACCAGCCACUCUGUUAAGCUUUCACAGCCUCGACAACCGGCCUUCUUCCUCCAAAGGAGCACGGAGAGACAGUUGAAAGAGCCUGAAUCGGACGAAUCCACCAGUAGGUCUAUGCCGUGGUCGAACAAUGAAAUGUCAGUUACUGAGGUGUACCCUCGAUGAAUCGUGAUAUGAGUGGAGUCUUUCUUUAUGAUAGUCUCACAGAGACCUUGAGAUCCUUGGCCAUCCACAGGGAUCAUUAAUGAACAAUCAAUAAGCACCUUUUUGGCAUUCUA